CGCAGCGCGUCUCUCGGGAGUGUGCGUGUGAGGGGCGGAAACAAACAGCGAAGCGUUCGCAGAGCUGUAGUUCUCGUGAGAUAUGAUUAACUCCGCCAGAAUAUCGCGUCGAUCUUUGUACUCCGCUCGUUCCGCAUCUAGCAUCUCGUACCAAUUACUGCGGGAGGAGUGUAAACAUUUCUGAAGUCAGGAAGUGGGAUGUGGCCCAGGUGAAAAGCUCGUUAUAUGGUUGCGAGCGUGGGUACCGUGACUGAUGGCACGCGAUCGGUCACACACUUCAUGAUGACGCGUAGAGAGUGUGCGAUCAAUAUGUGAAUUUGUGUGUGGACAGUAGUUGAGAGAACUAAAGAGCCAUUUCAGUGAAGUCUUCGGUGUGAGUGUCAGCACAGCAUCAUUAUGGACUCCGUGGCGCUGGAGAGGCUGGAGCUCGCGCGUCCGGUAACGACCCGCGGCUCGUGUUUACCGGAGGGCGCGCAGGGCGCUCACCUGAACGGCUGCGUGCCGCUCUCUCAUCAGGUGGCCGGACACAAGUAUGGCGUGGAUAAAGUGGGUAUCUUGCAACAUCCUGAUGGUACGGUCCUGAAACAGCUGCAACCUCCUCCAAGAGGACCCAGAGAGAUGCAGUUCUACAGUAUGGUGUAUUCUGAAGACCACUGCGACCCCUGUCUUGUAGACCUCCAAGCGCAGCUUCCCAAGUACUACGGGACAUGGUCCUCGCCUGAUGCUCCCACAGACCUGUACCUCAAGCUAGAGGAUGUGACUCGCAGGUUUCAGAAGCCAUGCAUCAUGGACGUGAAGAUCGGCCAGAAGAGCUAUGACCCUUUCGCUUCACAGGAGAAACGGGAACAGCAGGUCAGGAAAUACCCGCUGAUGGAGGAGAUCGGCUUCUUGGUUUUGGGAAUGAGGGUGUAUAAAGUUGGCUUGGACAGCUUUGACACCUAUGACCAGCAUUACGGAAGAGGUCUCGUGAAGGACACGAUCAAGGAAGGUUUAUCCAAGUUCUUCUACAACGGCGACAUUCUUCGCAAAGACGCCAUCACUGCCAGCAUUCUCAAAGUCCAGAAGAUCCUUCAGUGGUUUGAGAGCCAGAGUCGGUUCAACUUUUAUGCAAGCUCUCUGCUCUUCGUCUACGAGGGCAUCUGUGCGCCCGGUCUUGUCUCUCAGAGCCCGCGGGAUAGCAAGAUGGCACCCGAGGCCUGUGAGCAGAACAACAACAUCAGUCAGAGCCUCUCUACGAUGUACUCCCUGCACAAGAAAAGCUGCGCCCAGAGCCACUACCAAGCCAAACAGGACAACGGCGUCUGGAGCUCCUCGCAGCAGCCCAACGGCAACCGCGGCUUGGCAAGACUGGAAGAGGACAGGAAGGAGAGCAAGAGCGCAGUGGGACAGGAAACGGUCCGUGACGUGGAGGUAAAGAUGAUUGACUUUGCACAUGUCUUCCCUAGUGACGUUCCCGACCAGGGUUACAUCUAUGGCCUGAAGAACCUACUGAAGGUCCUGCAUCAGAUUCUGGAGGAGUGAUGGGACUGUUGAAGGUAUGAAUCUUGUAGCCACUUUCAUGUCCGCCUACCCGGCUUUCUCUAAUCUGCACUACCUACACCAUCAGUGGAGUAACACGUUUGUAAUCCUUCGUCUAAUGUAUGUGCUUUAGUCUUUUAAAAGCUUUGUAUAAUUUAUGAUAUCUAACUCAGGUAAAUGAAUCUAUAGUGCUUGUAUAUUUAUCCCGACAGAAGAAGAGACACUCAUCAUAUUAUGCCUCAGAUAUUGCAAAUUAGUUUGUGUUUCCAGAGCCAUUGCAGGAUUUCUUUUUUUUUUAAAUCAAUGUUAUUGAAAAUAGGAAUUUGAUGAGUGAAGAUGCAGGAAAACAGAUUUGAUAUUUCUUUCACACAUGCUGCCAGUAUGACCCUGCCUGUUUCAGACCUGUUGAAUUGUGUAUUUUAUCUCUUUUUUUUUUUUUUAUGUGAUUUGAAAAGAAUUAAACCUUUGUGUGUCGAUGUUCUGUGAUUACUGAUGCAAUAUGACUGAGACGACAAUGAAAGUAAUGAAGUUGAGAUCAUUUAUUUUUUUUGUUGUACAGCCCCUUCGGUGUGUCUACAUCAAAUGCCAAAGUUUCCAUCAAUGAAGUGAACUUGAAUUGUUAUUUUAAUAAUACAGUCUUUCUUCUGACUACUAACCAAUUCACCUUGGGUGUCCAGAUAUUAGUGACUGCGUAGGACAUGAUAGGAACUCAUGAAAAAUACUCAAUAUGAGGACAAAUAAGAAUACCCUAAAAAUCAUAAGCAAAUAUUUGAAUCUCAGAAAUGGAUUUUUAUUUUUAUUUUGUUGUUGAUCUCAUUGGUCUUUUGUGUGGGAACCCCGUCUGUUGCAUACUUUUUCAUACAGUAUCUCAAGCAUAGCAUUUUAAUAAAUUGGUCUUAUGCUUACAUGUAUAACAAACAUUAAUUUACAGCUCAAUAUGUUUAGCUGAAUUCAUCAGGAAAUAGUGUCCUUUUUUAAAUCUCACAUGGAUCUCUUUCGUUUGUAAUUUGUGUUAUGUUUUAUUUGCUUGGUUGUGAUUGAUGUCUAAAGACCACAGCUAGUAUAAUGCGGCAAGUGUCUGAAAAACACUUUCAUGUUCUUGUUCACAUGCACCUUUAAAGUGGCACAACUUGGGGACUGUUUGGACCAAUAAAGACAAAAAAGUGCAUGAAUAGCAUAGCUCUGUGGAAAUAUGUCUUCGGGCAAAGUUCAAAAUUGCCUUUGUGCCUAACAAAUAAAAAGAAAUAGUCUUUUUCGCAGUUCCUGGUGUAAUAAAGGUUUCCAGUAGACCUCAAGAACUGAAGUGGUCUACACAAGCUCUGGAAUACUAUAGUGCUCUCCAUUAUAAUAUGCUUUUGUUCACAAAUAAAUGAACUGAUGUCGUGUUUACAUUCUACCUUUUUAUGGUUAUCUGGACAAAGACACGUUGUUAUAUAGUCUACAUGCAUAAUUCAAUAAUUGAUGUCCUUUAAUCAUUUUAUCUUAUUUAUGCACUGAAAGUAUAACAGAAGAUACUAUGUGUACAUUUAUGCUUUUUGUUAAUUACUAAAAAUUAUCUGUCAUUUCUUUUUCUGGUUGUUAUAUAAUUAUUAUUAUUAUUUUUUUGAUAAUAAUGAUUAUAGGGUAUAGCACCUGAUCGGUUAUUACUGUAUGUGUGGUGCUGAAAGCACUUUAGUGAGCCUUUGGUGAGACUGGAUAUUUCCCUGUGGAAUAAAUUGAUCAAUCUUAUUUAAAAGUAUGAAACUGUUGAAUCUCAAAUGGAGAAAUGAGAUCUGAACACUCCCAUCAGCAUUUGUACACUGGCUAGGUCUUUUGCUCGUUGGAACGGCAGGAAUAUUUCCAUGGCAUUGAUUUUCCGGAAGAUAUGUUAUCUCUUUAGAGUCCUAACGCUUUCUGUUCAAUAUGCUGAAAUAUAACAGUCCUGGGUUAGCUUAGCAGUGAUGUCUCAAUGUACGUCCUUUUCUGAAAACCUAACUUGAACCUUGUAUCAAGCUAAACUUAGAGAUUAAGAUGGUUUCCAAAUUAAUAAUGUUUUCUAAAUGUCAGCCAUGGUUUCCUGGGCAAAAUCACAACCCUGAACUGUUUUUAUAGUGAUUUUCCAUGAAAAUCAAAUAAACUAAAGUUGUUGUAAUGGGCAUUUGUCAUGGAAAAGUGAACAAACUCGAAACCGAUCAAUGAACACUCUGGUUAAACCAAACAAAUCUGAUGCUUACUGACCUGUAUAGAGUGUAGUAUUUGGAGAUAUAAUGUCUGUUCAACCCUGACCUAAUUGUUCUCUAAACAAAGUAACACUUUUGAAUAUAGAUACAUGAACUUGAUAUUUACUCUGAUGAUAUUGGGUGUAUAUUUGGCAAAUUUUCAUUAAUAAAAUCUACAUUUAAUACCA